CUAACAAAAAUGACACUUCAGCUUUUUAUUUGUUGAUUUGCGGUAAAUUUUGCAAAUUGUGUUUCACCUCCCCGUCGGGCGUCGAUCGUAUUGUAGAAGUGCAGUUCCAGUUACAGUUGGAGAAUCUUUCUCAAAAUAUUUCGCAAAAAUAUUAAAACUAAACAUCUUAUUUCCAGCCACGCCAUAUCGCUACAUCAAUAUCAUUAUUUAAAGUUAGAAUAAACAAUAUGUCAUCACUCAAUGAUGCUCUUGGUUAUCUAGUAUUCAGGAAUCCAGUCAGUCAAGCCGUCAUAAACAGCACAUACAGUUUGGCUAAAACUACCGGGAUCGUUUCUAAGCAGAGUAACGCAGUUGCAAAAACAACAGCUGAUACGGCAAAAAUGGUUUCGAAUGCUCUUCCACUAUGGCGACUUGCCGGAAAAAACUACAAUUUUAUACGACUAGCUGGGAUUAGUGGUGCUUCUGCUGUAAUAUUAGGAGCUAUCGGUAGUCACAGAACAGCUGCUGUCCAGGAUAAAGGUGAAUCGAAGGCAAUCUUCGAUACUGCAAACAGAUUUCAUUUCUUUCAUUCUAUUGCACUGAUGGCAGUGCCUUUAGCCAGGAGACCGCUUUUGACUGGAUCCCUAAUGGUGACAGGGACGAUGCUCUUCAGUGGUAUACUCUACUAUAGAGCACUGAGUGGGGAUAAGGCACUAAGUCGCUUGGCUCCAAUGGGUGGUUUUUGUUUGAUUGUUGCAUGGUUAACAUUAUUGUUUUAGGAAUGUAAUUGAUUUUCUUGUUGUAUUUAAAUGUACACUAAGAGUGUUUGAAGGUUUUUGUAAUAUGUUUAUUUUUUUACUUUGAAAUGUAUCAAAAACAUACAAAUUUAUUUUGAACGUUCACAUACUUACUUUUCAACUUAUUUAAAGUAACACAUACAUAUUAAUUUAAACCAGUCUAAAUUAUAAAUAAAGUUAAAAUAUAAAGAAAACAUUGUACAUAAUGAGAUGUGAUUUGCCGGAAAUACAUAAGUACAUACAAAUGGA